UUCAUAAGGCCGCCGGAAGCGGCACUGAGGACUGUGCGUCUGUCAUUUACGAGUUGUACAGUGACCAGAUCGGCAUUGCGCAAUUGCAAAAGAAAUGCGCGUCCGUGAUGCAACGAUUCACCUGUUUGGCUGCACGUCGGGAACUCGCAUUCUUGACCUGUUCAUGGAAGAGGAAUACUGUGUCGAUUAAACACGAUACCCACUGCCAACCAUGGUGGCAUCAGCGCGUGCGCCCUCAUGCCAGCUGCGCGACCUCUCCAAAGCGCGCAUGGCAUCACCUGCGCAAACCGUCUGCGCCGUCUGCUGGCCAGCAGUCAAGACUUUACAGUCAAGAUGCAGACAGAGACACCAAGGACACUGAACAUCCUGGCAUCACAGUGGUGGGCUCCCCGGAUCCCAUCGCGUGGAUCAGGAAUAAGAUUACCUUUUUUUUAAUUGAAUUGUAUUUUGGCUUGAAGUUCAGUGUGGAGUUUGACAGUGGUGUGAAACAGGCAGCAGUCCAUGUGUCUACUAUGCUCUCCAAAGGCAAGUUUAAUGAAUUAAGGAGUGUGAUGUCGAAAGAGGCUGUUGACAGCGUCAGAAAGCAAUGUAAAAAUCUGUCAGAGGCCCAACAAAGACAUCUUGCCAUUUCCCUCGAUGACAUUAUAUUUCUGCUGCCUGAGGAUGUGUCCGUAUUCUUUGACCAGAGCGGCAGAAAGUUUCUUUACAUCACGAUGAGACUUUGGUAUCUGUCCAGCGCAGACGUACCUGAGGACCCAGAGAGCGCCUGCAUCUUCAAGAUGGACUUAACUGAAGACGAUGAUCCUCAAAAGAAGAUCAUCACAGCUGUGUACGAGUUUUAUCGUGAGUUGACUGCUGGAGCUGAUCCAGAGUGGACGGUGACCCGGAUAUGGCAUUGGAAGCAACUAGAGUAAAACACACAGGACCCCUCACAAUACACUUUACCAGACUAAAGCAAACACCUUGUUUUCAUUUUAAGUUUCAUCCAUCCUGGGUGAUUUGAUCACAAACGGUCAAGGUAAGAAGCAUCAAUGUUUACAGCUGUUAGCAACUCGUCUCAAAUGACUCUCCUAUGACUGGAUUUCAAAGGGAGGUUCUCUGAGUGUCUCUUAAAGUUUAAAACCCAUGUUGUAAUUCAGUGGUUGAUUAACAAGUGAGUUGGUGCUUCACUGUUGCUACAAAAUCAGUUCACAUUCUGACUACAAAUGUGAUUUAAGGGAUUGGAUCACAGUGUUUUGGAUCCAAUCCUGUACUUUAUGUACUGUAGCACUGGCCACUUGUGAUUAGAUCACCUGAAACAGAUCCUAAUUCCAGAAUAAACAAGGUCAAAGAAUCACUCCCAUGUUUCUCCAGCAAAGUCACCUUUACAUCCACAUUAACAGAUUGUGUCAGAGCUCAGAUGGGUCCAGAAAGCACUUGGUAUUUCAAUAAAAAAACCAUUUAAUUCUGCCUUUUUUUUUUUUAAAGUUAUGGUAUUUUUGUGUUGUUGUUUUGAAAAAAAUAAAUGAAAAAAAAGUCAAAAUCUGAACCAUUAAGAUUUUCUGCAUUUUCUUAAAUAAGCAAGUUUCACAACCAAAUUGUCUAUAAUGUGGACAAAAUGUAAUUCUCAUCACUGUAAUGCAAUGAGAAAGUUUGUUACAGAGCUGCAUUUUCCGAGUUUCAAAAACAUCAUUUCUAUGUCAAAUCAUGGUCAAGUGCACUUCCAUUAAGCAGAGACUGGAAUUAAACCGAUAUCUCAACAAAACAGUACUGAAAGUGUCACUUUUUUUUUUUUCUUCAGAUCAAGCAAAUGAGAUUCUGAGACUUGCAACAAGAUAAACAACCGCAAUUAAUUAUGAUAUUUGAUAUGUUCGGAUCAUAGAGAACCACAGAUGGUUGCUGAGACCAAUUAUCACCUAAUUUAGAUAUUAAAAUAAAUCCUUUGUUAAACUGACAGGAAGACGUUCUCACCCAUGCGUGGAUGUCAUCCUAUUUCUGUGGAAAACUCUUUUAUGGCAUGUCAUUGUUUAUGCAUUCAUGGCUUUACAGGGAGUCAUCGAAUUAUCGUUGA